UUAUUCCGAUUAGUGAGUUUAAGUUCUACAAAAGAUGCCGUUUCUAAAAUUCCGUAAUUUAAUCGCCCUGACGCUUUGCUUUGCAUUGGGACAGUCAAACGUGAGAGUGGGACAGCCCUGUCCACAGUAUCCAAAUUAUCCGGAAAGCACAUGCAUGGGCAUGCACUAUUGCAAAACACUCGAGGAAUUUUACCGUAAAGAAAACCGAACUAUAUAUGAUGUUAUAUCCUGUGGCAUUGAUGUAUAUAUGGAACUUGUGUGUUGUCCGAACGGGCAUAAUGAAACUGCUACAGCUACCACAGUUUCACCAACAUUUUCAACAUCUUCACUAGCUUCACUAUCCGUAUCUGAACCACAGUCCACAACUCCAACACCCAUGCAGACGCCUGUUCGAUCUUAUCUUGACAACUUUGGCCAUCUGGCAUCGCUCAAGUAUUACAAGGAUGAACAUAUGGAUGAUAAGAUAUAUUCCUGUACGGCCUUGAUCAUAGAUGAUAAUUUCGUAUUGACCACCUAUGCUUGCCAUACUUUGUAUAACCAACCGCCACUAAGUGUGCGUUUGGGACAACAAACGAAUCACCAGCAAAUUUCCGAGAUCAAACAACCUUUGGAAGUUCAUGAAUUUGACUUAGUUGCAGUUGAAACGUUUCGUAAAUUAAAUAACACGAUAGCACCGGAUGCCAAAAUUGCCGAAAUCUGCACUCAAGUCGAUAUGACGAAUUAUACAAAACUAUUUGCAGUGGGCUUUGCUCAAAAUCAGCACGAAAACUGUGAUUUAUUCCAGCAGGAAAUGGAAAUGCUUUCGUAUGGGGCAUGCGUAAAUGUUAGAAAUAAAGAGGGAUUCGAUGUCAAUGUCACUAAUGAGUCACAUUGGUGCCUCAAGCCAAUAAACGGCAGAUCAAAAUCCAAUUGCAUUAAGUGUUUAAGAGGCAGUGCCAGUGUCCUUCAUGUAGAACGUUCGGAUGGUGGCAUCUGUGUGGCUGGCAUUGCCACACCCACAGGCGAUGAAUGUUCACCGUUACGGUCACCACUCUAUUACACAAGCUUUUUGCACCAAACUAAUAGAAAUUUUCUAACUGAAUAUGCUCCACGUUUAGGCGUAAUUGAGAAACCAUUAACUGCUCCAUCUUCGACAACUCCUUCACCCGCAACCAUUCUCCCCCCAAGUGAUAUACCAUCGCCUGGUUCUUCCCCCUCAACCCAUUCACCACCAACCACAGGCCUAGAACAAGCUCUUUCACCCAUUGAGACAUUCUUUACUGAUAGCUUUAGCCAUAUAGGAACGCUGUAUUACAAGGAUGAAGAAAAGCAAGAAUUCAUAUAUUCCUGUACGGCAUUGAUUAUAGAUAAGAACUACGUCCUUGCCACCUAUGCAUGCCUUAAAGCUGCAGGUCAUCAGCCACUUCGAGUGCGUUUGGGUUUACAAAAAAAUCAUCAGCAGAGUUCCGAGGUCUUGGGUGAUCCUCAAGUAUAUAACAAGGAUCUAGUUAUUUUAAAAAUGUCAGACGAAUUGAAUCAGACACAAGCACAGAAUGCUAAAGUCGCCGAAAUCUGUACUCAAUGUGAUAUGACAAAUUAUUCAAAACUAUUUGCAGUUGCCUUUGCCCAGAGGAAUCACGCAAACUGUGGUCUAUUCAAGCAGGAAAUGACAAUGCUUUCGUUUGGGGAAUGCCGAAAUCUGGUCAAACAAUCAUCGAUCAAUUCGAAAUCGCAUUGGUGUCUCAAGUCGGAGGCAACGCGACGAAAUUCAAGCGAUUGCAAUAAUUGUUUGUUGAGUCGAGCAAGUGUCCUUCAUAUUGAGCGAAAGAAUGGUGAGAUGUGUGUGGUUGGCAUUGCCACGCCCAUUAGCAAUGAUUGCCUGGAAACAGGAUUGGGGCAAAAACUUUAUUACACAAGCCUUUUGGAGCAAAGUAAUCGAGAAUUUUUCAAUAAUGUAAUCUAUGGAAAUGAAAAUAUACAUUGAAUACGUUUUCUACUUUAUGUUUAAAAUUAAAUAAAUAAAUUCAUAUAAACUUGAA